AUGGUACAAUUGAAUGAUGCCCGUGCGGCCACCGCCUCCCCUGCGUCACGCAUUUCUACGAAUGCUGAGACACGUGUGUCUUCCAUCCAAGCCAGACGUCCCGACAACGUGGCUCUUGAAGAGCUUUUUGCUCGCUUAGGGAUCAGCACUGAACACGCAUGCACCACUGCCACCAGUUUCAUGUGUAUGUUGGUCGCCGUGGAGAACACCUCCACCUCUUCUCCUGGUCAAAACAGCCGUUAUGAAGUUUUUUUUACCCCAGAGGACGACUUUUGCGGAUUAUCCGAGGAUGACCUUUGCGGAAUAUCCGAGAAUGGCGAUUCAUCUUCUAGCUUGGUCGAUUCUCACGCCACCACUAUGGUGGUCGUGUCCACUGGGAAUCCGUACAGCUCUCCCAUGGCUUUGACUGCAAGCAGCAACACCAUGGUUGCAUCUACAGGCCCUGCUUUCGUCCCUUCCUCCCUUGCUCCUGCAAGUCCAAUGAUGGCCGUUGUAGCUUCCACUGUGGCUCCUGCUGCCCCUCCUGCAGUGGGCCUUGCAGGUACGACGACAGCCCUCCCAGCUACCCCCCUCACUCCUGCUCCAGUCAGUAACAACACAUUGGUCAUGGCUGUCGGAGUAACCGCGUUGACGGCAGCCCUUUACGCGCUUCCCUUCAUCCGGCCACCAAAUGCGCCCCUCAACGCUAUCCCUCCGCCAUCCCAUCUCAUUACUCCCACUUACGGGUAUCACGUUCCUGCCGCCAAUGCCGCAGCACCCUUCUAUACAAUCACUUGCGGUCGUGAUAUUGGCAUCUUUGCCGGUUGGGAGACAGCCAGCCCAUUGGUCGGAGGUGUCUCGCACUUCACCUGCUGCUGGGUCGCCUCCAUUGCGGAGGGCCACAGCCGUAUGGCUGCCGCUCUUGCGGCCAACUUUGCCAUGUAUCUUUCUUGA